AUGACGAUGAAGGUGUACGGUAUGGUGUUCUCGCCUCCAGUGCAGAGAGUUCUCGCAUGCCUCCAUGAGAAGGAACUCGAUUACGAGUUUGUCCAAAUCGACAUGAAAGCUGGAGAACACAAGCAGGAGACUUUCCUUGCCCUCAAUCCAUUUGGAAAAAUCCCAGCUUUUCAGGAUGAUGACCUGAAGCUCUUUGAAUCGAGGGCAAUCAACAAUUACAUUGCAUUUGCACAUGCCCAGAAAGGGACUCCACUCGUCUUCACAGAGCCCAAGAAGAUGGCGAUUGUGUGCCUUGGGCUUGAGGUCGAGGCCCAGCAUUUUGACCCACCAGCAUCGCAGCUCAUCCGUGAGCUCCUAGCCAAGCCUCAUUUCCUGGGGAUGGCUACAGACGAGGCUGUUGUAAACGAGGAAGAAGCCAAGCUGGCAAAGGUCCUCGACGUGUACGAAGCCAGGCUGGCGGAGUACAAGUACUUGUGUGGGGAUGCGUUCACCCUAGCUGACCUCAGCCACCUCCCGACAUUGGAGUGCCUAAUGGGGACACGUGCCAAGGCGAUUAUCGAGGCCCGGGCCCACGUGCACGCCUGGGCCAAGGAUAUUCUGGCCAGGCCAGCCUGGCAGAAGGUCGUUGCGAUGAAAAAUAACCCCUGA